AUGGUCAUAGGAGAACUGGGUGGGGAUGCAGAUAUGACCAGAGUCUCAGGUGUUUAUUACGCUCAAGCCUUCAUCAUAUUCGCCGUUUGUCCCAAGCGGCGGACAUUCGUCGAUUUUAAAAUGUGGCUCAUUCUUGGUCCUCACCCACAAUAUCCAAUGUCAACACCCCCAUCUCGUAACCAGCAAUGGGCCCAAACCCACAUCCCCUUCCCCGAAUACUGGGACUUUUGCGCUCUCAAUGAAGCCGAGCUUCCCGGAAACCAAUGGAAGACACCACACCAGCUCAACAUAUACCUCGCAUUGAACUCGCCGGUACAAUUAGAACGUUUUGGCGAGCGCACCACCUUUUGUCGCCGGUACAAGGAGCAUUGCGUCAGCCACCUCAAGAAGUACCCGUUGGCUGAGCCACUUCGAACCCAACUGCGUCUCCGUUUCAACGAGUUUCGGGGGAUGCCGAUAGUCCCAGUAACACCAACGCCGAUUCGCACUGCAAAAACUCUCUCUUCGUCUCCGGCAUCCAAUAAGCAGCUUCCCGAGGAGCUAGCUGACCGCUACGACAGCGAUGAUUACGACCUUGCAGAUGGACAUUGCCGCAAACUUGAUGUUAUUCUCUUCAGCAAGCCCAACCAGUUGCCCUUGCAGCAUAUCUUCAAUAUCCGUUCUAUCACCUGUGUCGACAUCACAACACUCCCGCUUAUUGAGCGUCUGUGUGGCGAAGAUCGAAAGCAAGGAAAGAGUGGCCGAAUGCUCAGAUUUUGUGGGAAAACAAACAACUGGGCUGUUCUUCGUGGUGCCGAAAACCUAUUCGAGGAUGGUUCAUUCCUCAUUCUACGUCGGUCGUGGAUUAUGGAGUCGGAAUGCCUUGGGUUGGAGAACUGGCUCGUUGCCGCUCUAUCGUCAAUUGCAAAUGGUUUACAAGAUUUGGACUCCGAGAAUGAUUCGGAUGUGGAGAUUAUCGAGACUGUGUUAUCAAGCAAGAUGACAAAGAAGCGCAAGCGUCGAUUGGGUAGCGGGAAACCUGAAAAGCGAGCUCGUCAUGCAGACCAGGAGAUCAUUGAGAUUUCAGACUAG